AUGGAUGAUUUAACAAGCAAGAAUGAGAAUGGUGAAAGGCUUAUAAUGUUGUUUGGGGUGAAUAUCGCAGCAAAACGCUCUAAAGUUAAUGACACGACCAUGAAUCAUAGUUUUAACACUCAGGAUGAAAAUCAAAAAGAUGACGAGAGGAAUGAAAAUCAUGAUUCUGGUCGAAGCUUCGAUGGUGAAAACCAACAAAUUGUGAAAAAUUGGACAAUGAAUGAACACAAGGCGUUUUUGGAAGGUUUAAAAACUUUUGGGAAAGGUAAAUGGAAGGAUAUAUCAAGUAACUAUGUGAAGACGAAGAAUGCUACUCAAGUUGCCAGUCAUGCACAAAAGUUUUUUCUCAGACUAAAAGGAAUUAGAAAAACCAAGCGCAAGAGCAUCUUCGACAUGAAGCUUGAUUAUGAAGAUUCAAAAACUCCAAGUCCUUCUCCUUCGCUGAUAUUGUCCCCCGGCAACUCUAUUUAG